UCUCCCCGCCCCCGCCCGCCUCGCCCCGCCUGCAGCUGCGGUCCCUUUAAAGGCGCGCUCGUGCGGGGCCGCCCUUCUCUCGAGGCUGACUCGGGAGCCGCGCCACUGCUGCGAGCCGCGGCGCUCGGCCGGCAUGACCAUGGCGUCCCCGGCCAUCGGGCAGCGUCCCUACCGGCUGCUCCUGGACCCGGAACCGCCGCGCUAUCUGCAGAGCCUGAGCGGCCCCGAGCCGCCGCCGCCCCCCGGCCGCUCCUCGCGCCGCUGCGCCCCCGCGCCCCUCUCCACCGCGCCCGGGGCGCAUGAGGGGCGCGGCGCCCGGAGGGCGGCCCGGGGGGACCCGGAGCCCCAACCGCGGGCCUCCCGACCCGCUCGCCCUCUCCGGCCUGGUCUGCAGCAGAGACUAAGGCGGCGGCCUGGGGCGCCCCGGCCCCGCGACGUGCGGAGCAUCUUCGAGCAGCCGCAGGAUCCCCGCGUCCCGGUGGAGCGAGGCGAGGGUCACAGCUUCGCCGACCUGGCGCUGCGGAGCGGCCGGGGCUGGUGCGACCUGUGCGGACGAGAGGUGCUGCGGCAGGCGCUGCGCUGCGCUAACUGUAAAUUCACCUGCCACCCGGAGUGCCGUCACCUGAUCCAGCUGGAUUGCAGUCGGCAGGAAGGCCCAUCCCGGGACAGACCCUCUCCAGAAAGCACCCUCACGCCGAUCUUCAGCCAGAAUGUCUGUAAACCCGCCGAGGAGGCCACGCAGCGGCCGCCCACACUGCAGGAGAUCAAGCAGAAGAUUGACAGCUACAACACCCGGGAGAAGAACUGCCUGGGCAUGAAGCUGAGUGAAGAUGGCACCUACACGGGUUUCAUCAAAGUGCAUUUGAAACUCCGGCGGCCGGUGACGGUGCCUGCUGGCAUCCGGCCCCAGUCUAUCUAUGACGCCAUCAAGGAAGUGGACCUGGCGGCCACCACCGACAAGCGGACGUCCUUCUACCUGCCGCUCGAUGCCAUCAAGCAGCUACACAUCAGCAGCACCACCACGGUCAGCGAGGUCAUCCAGGGGCUGCUCAAGAAGUUCAUGGUUGUGGACAAUCCCCAGAAGUUUGCACUUUUUAAGCGGAUACACAAGGACGGGCAAGUGCUCUUCCAGAAACUCUCUGUUGCCGAUUGCCCUCUCUACCUGCGCUUGCUCGCCGGGCCUGACAAUGACGUCCUCAGCUUCGUGCUCAAGGAGAAUGAAACUGGAGAGGUGGAGUGGGACGCCUUCUCCAUCCCCGAGCUCCAGAACUUCCUAACGAUACUGGAAAAGGAGGAGCAGGACAAAAUCCAACAAGUUCAGAAGAAGUAUGACAAGUUUAGGCAGAAACUGGAGGAGGCCUUAAGAGAAUGCCAAGGCAAACCUGGCUAACCGGUCCUGCUUCCUCUUCUUCUGGUGCCCAUGGAUUUCUUUUUAUUAUUAAUUAUUAUUUUGCAACAGACACUUUUUCUCAGGACACCUGUGGCGGGUGCAUCUGUGCCCCCCUCCCCGGCCGGGCAGUUCCAGACGUGGCACGAAACCUCUGAGGGACACGUGUGCUCGCAGGCUUGGCCCCACCUGCCACACGCUGCCAAGGAGCGGGACCCCAUGGGGAGAGAAGAGCCUCGGACCUCAGCGCGGUCCUUGAGCUCUUCGGAAGCCAACCAGCUGCCUCUCUCAUCACCAAACUGGAACUGUUUGCACCAGCCGGCAAAGGAAAGAAGAAAGGUUUUAGAGCUGUAUGUUCUUUCUCUGGCUUUCAUUCUUCCUCAGUCUCUUAUUUGCCACUCCUAGACCUUUAUUUAUGAGUCAAAAAUUAUAGUAUGUUCCUUGAGCAGGUCUGGGCUAAGCCCCGAAAGUAAGAGAAUGCUCGUAAGAGGAUUGUCCUUCACUGUCCCAAGGUGCCUGUUGUUCAUGCUCAAGGGAAGGUCGUAAAGCCACUGGCCCCAGAUGCUCAGGUAGGGAGCCCUAAAGCCGAGGCCGGCUCAGAGAUUUCCAGAGAAGCUGCAGCCUGCCUCAGCCCUCAUCGCUCAAGUCUGCACCCAUGGAAACCCAAAGGCAUAUCUAUUUGCGCAUGUGUGAUGCCUCGUCACGUCUUUGUCAACAAGUGUUUGUUUUUGAGUUACAACUUGGAGUUCGUAUGGCCUUCAUCCUCAUGUGUUUCCAUAAAGGGAAACCAAUUUACCAAUUUUAAUGUCUCCUGAGGAGUACGGAAAUCAGGCAGUCGGAGAAAGCCAAAAAGCGUUGCAGAGAAAUGUGUCCACCUUGUCCUCGGCCUUCCCCCAGCUCGAGAGCCGGGGAGGGCUUGGCUGCCCUGCUUUUCCUGCUCGGCCUUCCUCGCGGCCUGUUCCCUCCCCCCGGGCAUGCUGGGGUCUCCAGGUGCCGUGGAGGAGCUGCCCUGAGGACUGAUGGGGGAACCUCCCAACUCAGCCCAAAUGGAGUCCUUUGUGCUCUGAAGCCCAGGCCAGCCCAAGGCGUUGUGCUCUGUGAGCUUGCGGGCUGGCCUCCGGCUGAUCUCAGUGCCUUUUUGUUUUCAGAGAGAGACAGGAGCAGGGUGUACUUGCUUUGCUGCCGGCUUGCUCCUGCCAGGAAGGGGACGGCGGUGGUGUGGGAGGCGAGGCCAGGAGAGCUCUUCCGCCGAGAACGGGGCAAGAGUCACAGACCUCCUUCCCCUCUAAGGUCUUGGGCUUUGACUCCCAGGAAGUGAUGUUAAACCACAUGGAUGGGGUGGAUGAGGUCCCCAACCUACAUCUGUACCGGCUCUUGUUCGGGUGCAAAAUGAAAAAUAAACUCGCCAAGCAACUGAAGCAAGUGGCUAGGCUGCAGACAGUCCCUUGAGACGGAGGAGGACUUUUCACGGUCAAAGCAGGGCCGGCUUUCCAGUCCGGCCUCGGAGAGAUCCCUUCUUCACUCUCCUCUGCCUUCCCAGGUCCUUCUUGGGUUGGGUUGAGCCCCAGCUUCUUCGUGUAGCCUCAGAAGUCCCUUCCCUGACCCUUGCUGUGUCCACACUGCCCUCGAUCCCAGAAGGAAUGCUGACCCCAAGUCGUACAAACUGUGUGUAGUCUUUAGAGCUGCAAAAGCAAGACAAGCUAGCAGCUCAAAGAGUGUUUAGGUUCCCCAGAACCCUGGUUCUCUGCCAUCUCAUGCUCAGCCUUAUUCCUUCCCUCCCUGAAAAAACCUCUCUCUCCCUGCUGUGUAUUAAAGGGAGCGGGGGGAGAGUCCUUUUCCUUCAUGCUGCAUGUCUUUAACAUUAAAGGAAGGCACGGCUCCUGCUGCAGCCCCCGUGAAUGCUGCUGAGAACCUCCCUCGGAUGGGGGCGGCUAUUUUUAUUUUUGAGAAGGAAAAUAAAGUCAUGUAUAUAUAUAUACAUAAAGGCAUAUAGCUAUAUAUAAAGAGAUAGGGGUGUUUAUGAAAUGAGAAAAUUCUGGGAAAAUUCUGACUUUAUCUAAAGCACAGUUAGACCCAGGACCCAUGCUGAGGUCCGAGCCUCGGCGAACAGUCUGUAUAAAGUAUCCCUUCCCCCAGAGGUGGGUAUGACUGCUGGUAGUGCCUUCGAUCCUUGUGUUGCCCUGUGUGUACGUGUUUGUUUUGAGGAUAUUUUCCUUUUACAUGUCUUUCUUAUAUGGAUUUUAAAAAAAGUAAUAAAAGCUUGUUGCAAAAAUGA